AUGCCAUAUGUGACGAGUCGGGGAGUGUCCAGCGAUUGCUCCACCAUCUUUGUGGACGGCAGUGAAUCAGGGUUGGGUAACACCUGUGCAAUGGUGGAGUUUCUACUGGGAGAGCUCAGUGGCUCUGUGUGUCUGGAGGUGUGGGCUCCUUCAGUUCCCCUGCGAGUGACCUUGGCAGACCCCGUUCUCAAUGCCAUCAAUGGCUGGAACCACUUCACAGAAGAAGGGUGUGUGCCGGUGUAUCAGCGUACCUCAGUACAAGUUUUGACUCAGUUCACAGCUCAAGACUCCCAUGGCAGAACCACACACCUACUGGGCUCAUCUGAUUGGUUUGUGGAUGUUACAGACCUGGUCCAUAACUGGUUGAGAGUAGAUGACCCUCGAGUGGCUUCCCUUGGCACACAAGCCAACCUGAUUGGUUUACAACCCGGAAAGACAUCACUUUAUGUUAUCUCUGAGCAGUGGGAUGGUGUGCUGGGCAGAUGUGACAUCACUGUGACCUCUAACCCUGUUACCCCAGGGGACCUGUCUGUACAGGUGGUUAGCGGCCUUGGCAUGUCAGUUAUGGCCAGCCCAACCCACCCUUCCAUCAUCACAGCAACAGUGACAGCCUACAACAUCCUGUACAACCAUCACCAGGAGGCAUCCAUCAGUGUCUGGCUCCAGUUUAGUGACGACACUGCCUCCCUCCUCUCCUCCUUCAACGAUCUACCCUUUUUCCUGCGUCUCUCCUCAUUGGCUGACACUGUGAUUGUGGUGACGCCCGGCUCCAGCCAACGUAUCAUUGCCCAGGGUGACGGAGGUGGGCCUUUACUGCGUGCAGAACUACUGGUUUCAGCCUGCACAGACCAGCCAAUCACUUCCAACUCUCUCAGUGAAAGUGACAGGGAUUGGAAGGAUGGAGAAGGAGGAGGUGGAGGCAGAGGGACCAGGAGGCUGGCAAGAGGAUCUGGUUGGAUCAGAGUCAACCUAGACCUGGGCUUCCUGCAGCCAGUAGGGGACAAAGAUGAGCAGGGUAAAGAGUUUGAAUUUGACAUUUCAGACAUGCUGGUUGAGUCAGACAGUGACAUAUAUGCAUCAAACUUUGACGAGAACGAAAGUGGGAAUCUAAGCAGUGACUACUAUGACAAAAUCAGUGGAAUAAUGACUAAUAGAAACUGGAAUGAGUUGGGUAAUGGAGGGAUGGUAAGUCGGAACAAUCUGGAAAGGGCUGUGCUGAUGCCGAGCCAGGAGGAGGGUGCUGUGUACUUCUCCCCGAGCCAGGAGACAGGAGAGAGGAGGGAAGAGGAUGAGGAAGGGCAGCGAGCUCGAGAGCUGGACGUCGGUGCGGGCGCUGUCCUCUCUCUGCUCUGUCUUGCUGCUGUCCUCUUCCUGGCAAACUGUCUGCCCUGCGCCCUGCAAGACAGGAGGAGGACAACAAUAGAGGCGGAAAGGGAAGGAGAACUAGAGGGAGGGCACAAAGGAAGAAGAGGAACAGAAAAAGGGAGAACAUGAAGACAAGAUAAAGCAGCAGAAGGAGAACAAUAAAGAGGAUGUUACAGAAGUAGAGAUGAUUUGCUGAUAUAUGUGCAGGCCAAGCUAAAUUUCAGCUCAAAUCUGUACUCACUAUGACAUAGGGCUGGGCUGGUUUAUCAGUAUUACAAGGUAAACCGGUAUAUUUUCAAAAGACAAUACCAUUUAUACCGAUAUACUCUGAUGUUGAGUUGAAUUUUUUUUUUUUUUAAGUCCUGCCAGCAUUUGCUCCUCUCUGCUAUCCCGCCCCCACUCUGCGUCCCCUCUAGAGUCGCAGACUCUGUAAAUAUUUUAUAAGCACUGAAGGGAAAUGGAGCAGAUUCAAUUAUUAAGCAAAGACUAAAAUAAGAUGGAGGAUAAUAAAGAAGAAUUAAAAUGAUGAAAUUAGAAAAAACUACUAGAAACAGUAAAUACAUGCCUUUUCUUCCAUUGGAAUUCACCCUAAAAAUAAGAUUUUUGGUCCAUAUCGCCCAGCCCUACUAUGACAGUACAAUCACAAGGAACAUGAAGCAAAGUCAUUAUUCUAACAGUAUGGUAUGCCCCUGUUUUGUAUUAUAUUACUCUACCAAACAAACCAAAGCACCACUCUUAUAGACAGGAUUCAGUAUGUACAUAUUCAGUACAUUUGAUGCAACACUAUGUAGCUGCUGUGUGUUGCACUUUAAUCUGUAAAUUUCCUUUCAUAUUCCAGAGUCAAGCUCAGUGGAUUAGAAGCAGCAGCAAAUGUGUGUGAUCUGUAUCCUGGGCUCCAUCUGAAACAAACACCAAUUUCAGUCCAUCCAGUCUUUAUUCAAUCCAUCCAGUGUUUAUAGAGUUCAAUUCAAUUUUCAAUUCAAUUUUAUUUAUAUAGCGCCAAAUCACAACAACAGUUAUCUCAAAGCGCUUUUCAUAAAAGAGCAGGACUAGACUGUACUCUGUGAUGUUAUUUACAGAAACCGAACCACAAUUCCCACCAAAAGCGAGCACUAGGUGACAGAGGCAAGGAAAAACUUCCUUUUAAGAGAGGGAGGGGGAUGGAAGGAGAGAGAGAGGGGAGGGAAGCAGCCUAC